AUGGCAUCAGUAUCGCCCCCCAAGCCUUGGGAAAGAGGUGGAGCUGCGGGCGCAAGCACAGUCCUGCCAUCAUCAACAGGAACAUCAACAGGAACUUCAGCUUCGAAUCCGACUUCCACAACCCUGUCGUCCUCAACGACAUCAGCUUCUGGGGCACCGGCGCUCCCCGAACGCCCCUCAACGCUUAUGUCCGCUGUAAAUCGAAAUGCCUCGGCAUACUCUCCUUACGGCGCAAACAGACUUGGAACUUCUCCUUAUGGUGGUAUCGGCUCCGCAUAUUCAUCUCCAUACUCAAGAAUGGGAGGUAUGGGAGGAUACGGUGGAUAUGGCUCGAGUAUGUACGGUGGGAUGCCCGGGAUGGGAGGCUACGGAUCGAUGUAUGGCGGUGGUAUGAAUGGCAUGUAUGGUGGAAUGGGGGGAAUGCAGGGUGACCCCAAUGACCCUAAUAGUUUGACGCAUGGCUUUACGCAGAGCACGCAAGCUACUUUUCAGAUCAUUGAGGGCAUCGUGGGCGCUUUUGGUGGAUUCGCACAAAUGCUCGAGAGCACUUACAUGGCUACGCAUUCGAGUUUCUUCGCAAUGGUAUCCGUUGCAGAACAAUUUGGGAAUCUCCGAAAUACUCUCGGUUCAGUAUUAGGGAUCUUCACUAUCCUACGCUGGUUGCGGACGCUCUUCGCAAAACUUACUGGGAGACCACCACCAGCAGAUGCGAUGUCUCUCACUCCAAGCGCAUUCGCGAAGUUCGAGGGACGCAAAUUCCUCCCAGAUGGCUCACCAGCUUCUCCUCCAAGACCCAGCAAGAAGCCCCUAUUAUUUUUCUUGGCAGCUGCUUUCGGUCUGCCAUACCUCAUGGGUAAACUCAUUAGAGCCCUUGCUGCUUCACAAGAAGAAGAGCAGCGUCGACUGGCCGCUUCAGGCCAGUAUCAAAUAGGCCCUGACGGUCAGCCUAUCCCCCAACAAAUCGAUCCUUCGAAGCUCGAGUUCUGCCGCGUGCUGUAUGACUUCACACCCGAAUCCGGGGCUGCGGUUCAAGGGGUCGAUCUAGAGGUCAAGAAGGGCGAUUUGGUCGCUGUGUUGAGCAAGAGUGACCCCAUGGGGAACCCAAGCGAGUGGUGGAGAUGUAGAGCUAGAGACGGACGCAUGGGAUACCUGCCGGCUGUCUACUUGGAGGUGGCGAGGAAACCGGGACAACAACCCACCACCGGGGCAAUCAAGAGCGCGAGCCAAAGCGGGAGUCGGACCAACAGCCUAACAAGCCAGAGUGCCAAGGCACCAGCGGUACCCGGAAAAGCGGGUGAUAUGAGCGUCGAGAGUUUCCAAAAGAGCCAGUUCUAUUCUUAA